UCAGGACGUGACUUUGCUCAGGGUGAGGUUCUGCAUGAGUCGCCGGGGCGGCUGAUUGAAGGUCAGCCAGAGUGCAUUAUGGACGACGUUUUUGCCACGACGCAGAUCUUGUGGGAAGAUGAAGCCAAGAACUACUCGAUUCUGGGUCUGGGAUUCGCCAGCCUGCACAACCAUGCAGAGGACCCCAACACCGACUUCGCGUGGGAGCAACGACGGGAGCAUGGCCGACGACUGGUGGGGCGAUUCUGGACCUUGAGGCCAGUGCAGAAAGGUGAAGAGCUGCUCAUCUCCUAUGGUUCCAGCUGGUUCACGUCCAGGAAUCUCACUGCCAAGUCUAGCUGAAAAACGGCGGGAGCGCCAAAGCCGAAGUCUGCUGGAUGGAGGAGUUUCUACCAGAAGAUCGCCAUUGCUGAGGUUCUGGGCUUGCCAUUGGUAGGAAUCAGUGCCUCAACGCGAAGAUCGGACCAUACCGGGUUAAGCAGGCGCUGAGUUCAGCCCCAGUGAAAGCGAACUUUUGGACGAUCUUGACUCCGACGGACUAUGGGAAUUCCGCGCGUGCGAA